AAGAAUAUCUGGUGCAGGUCCUAGUUUUCUUGAGUUAUUCAUCAACCUGAACAUCUAGUGCCUCACAAUAACUCGCAGAACGAGGCUGUAGAAGAAGUAGAGGUGGAUCAGCUGGAACUGCAAUCCUUGUGGGCUGGAGCACCCAAGCCGGGAGGGAACCAUCCAAGUGUCUGAAUCUCCAGCAGGUUUUGACGUGAAUAAGUAGAUCACUGUGGUUUGCUUGCAGUACCUCACAGACACUCAGCUAGAGGAGAUGGGGAUCUGCGCUGUGAUGGCCCAAAGACCAUCAGGCUCUAAGGUGUACAAUGACUCCGUCCAUGGACACAUUUCUUUGCACCCCCUGCUUGUGCGCAUCAUAAACACCCCACAGUUCAACAGGCUGCGUAACAUCAAGCAGAUGGGGGCAGUAUACUUUGUGUACCCGGGAGCCAGCCACAACCGCUUUGAGCACUCCAUCGGGGUGGCACACCUGGCUGGACAGCUGGUCAGGACCCUGAAAAAAAAGCAACCAGAAUUGGCGAUCAGCCCCAGGGACGAGCUGUGUGUGGAGAUUGCUGGUCUUUGCCAUGACCUGGGUAAGCUGUGCAUGCUGUAUGCGUUAGUGUCUGUUCCAGCUGCCCUGCUCUCUCUCCACGGCUGUGUGGCUUUUCACAGCAGUUUUAUCAUUAUUUUGCUUUCUGG